AUGCUGACUGCAUUCACGGCGAGGCCCCUCGUGGAGUUCCGACCUCGCGACAAGUCGAAGAUAGAGUCCAUCUUGACGUACGGGGACAGGCUGCUGGUCGGGCUGAACACAGGAUCGCUGCGAAUAUACAGGGUUAAUGAAGUGAACGUCGACGAAGCAGAGAUACGGGCUGGCGAUGACACAGAGGCGCAGGAGGGCAGUGGUGACGGCGGUGGUGUCAUUCAGCCAUCUCCAGCAACCAAACCGACAGAUCUACUGCGAGAGCUAGAGAAGUUCUCGCGGUAUAAGAUCGAGCAGUUGGCGAUUAUCAAGGAGGCGAAUAUUCUCCUUUCCCUUUCGAACGGCCAUGUCUCGAUACACGAUCUGCAGUCCUACGAGCUGCAUGAACAGUUAACUCGAACUAAAGGGGCUACCACCUUCGCGGUUACCUCCAACAUCGAGAAGGAUCAGGACACUGGGGUUCCGUCGAUUGUGUCUAGGCUUGCUGUUGCGGUGAAGAGGAAGCUCAUGUUAUGGACAUGGCAAGACAUGGAGCUUGAAGAUGAUGCUACGGAGAUAACACUUGUUAGCGGGAUAAAGACCAUUACUUGGGCGAACGGUACCAAGCUACUAGCCGGACUUAGCUCAAGUUAUGUCCUUGUUGAUGUUGUGACAAGAGAAGUUACGGAUAUUGUAGGACCUGGAAGCAUUGGAGGGGCUGGCGGAUCUGAUACGGGGCGUCUGGGAGGAGUAGGUGCCAGUAUGAGCUACAUAGGCAUGGGCGGAGCAACUCCCAAACCGCUCGCUACAAGAUUGUGCGAAGGACAGAUGCUACUGGCAAAGGAUGUCAACUCACAUUUUAUUGACACGGAUGGGAACGGCCUCAAACGACGUCAGAUUCCUUGGACGGUGGCUCCUGAAGCUGUUGGCUACUCAUACCCUUACCUACUAGCACUUCAGGAUGCAUCCAAAGGCAUACUUGAAGUGCGCAAUCCAGAGACUCUAUCACUUCUUCAAUCGGUAUCCCUCCCAUCAGCUGCCAUGAUCCAUAUCCCACAGCCAAAUAUCAGUCUUGCCCAUGCAGGAAAGGGGUUUCUCGUGGCUAGUGGACGUGUGAUCUGGAGAAUGAGUGCUCUCGACUAUGACUCGCAGAUUGAUGGUUUAGUAGAACAAGGUAAUCUCGACGAAGCCAUCAGUCUUCUUGGAAUGCUUGAAGAUGCCCUUCUGAAUGACAAAGAGGGUAGACUGCGAGAGAUCAAGCUUCGCAAGGCCCAGACUCUAUUCGAAAAGCAGAAAUACCGGAAGUCGUUGGACCUUUUUACAGAAGUUUCAGCUCCUCCCGAGAUAGUUAUACGGUUAUUCCCUAAACUCAUUGCUGGAGAGCUAUCAUCUAUUGAGGAAGAACCUGCACAGGAAAGUUUGGAGAGCUCAGAGGAGAAUCCCUCUCAGCCUGAAAAUGGUACCAGCAUUCACAGUGCUGAACCCACUACACCCGAUGACAAGCCGAAAGUUAAGAAUGGGACUUAUGCACCAUCUGUAACCUCGUUUCUAAGAGGAAGACCAGAUGAUGCUAGCGAAACUGGUAGCAUGCGUGGUAAACCAGCAGACCUGAAAGAACCAGACAAGCGGCUUGAAGGGAAAGAUUUGAAAGCAGCUGUCUACGAGCUGCAGGGGUUCCUAGCUGAUAUUCGCCGAAGACUCUCUAGAUUUAUCAGUCCCGAUGGCACACUUAAAGAGCCCUCAGUCAACGUGGAUAAAUCAGACGAAACCACCCAAUCUAUGUUGAAGACCUUGGGUAUCUCUUCUGAUGAUCUAGAAAACAUCGACAUGAGCCAGAAGUUGCGGGAGACAGCUACAUUGGUAGAUACCACCCUAUUCAGAGCCCUUAUGUUCGCAACCCCUACGCUAGCUGGCUCGCUCUUCCGCAUCGAUAAUUUCUGUGACCCUGAGGUGGUGAUGGAGAAGCUAGAACAGACCGCUCGCUACGGCGACUUGAUAGACUUUUUAUUUGGCAAGCGCCUUCAUCGCUCUGCCUUGGAACAGCUUAAGAAGUUUGGCCAAAAAGAGGCCGGAGAGGAAAUCUCGCCGGAACUCCAAGGCCCCAAACGCACAGUUGCCUAUCUGCAGAAUUUACCACCCGACAUGAUCGAUUUGAUUCUGGAGUUUGCUGAAUGGCCACUUCGAAGUGAUCCUGAGCUCGGCAUGGAGAUCUUCCUUACGGAUACAGAAAAUGCAGAGACGCUGCCUCGUCAGAAGGUUCUUGAAUUCCUUAAUGGAAUCGAUGCAAAGCUCGCCAUUAAAUAUUCAGAACAUGUUAUCAACGAGCUAAAUGACCUAACACCAGAUAUACAUUUCCGGCUGUUAACGCUAUACCUUGAGCGGAUCCUCAAGAGUAAGAAAUCAAAGGAUGUUUUUCCAACCGAGGAUGAGCGAGAGGAGUGCAAGAACCGAUUCUUGAAAAUGCUAGAAACGAGCGAACAAUAUUCUCCUGCCAAAAUGCUUGAUCGGCUCCCAAGAGAUGAUCCGGAAUUCUUUGAGCCAAGGGCUGUUACGUUGAGUAAGAUGGGACAACACCGUCAAGCUCUUGAGAUAUAUGUGUUUAAGCUGGACAAUCCGGCAAAAGCAGAAGAACAUGAGCAUAAGCUGACUGGUCCUGUGCAAAGGUACUGCAAUCGAAUCCAUUUGGGUGAUUCCACAUCUACCAAGCAACGUGCAGUUCCAUAUGGUAGUUCUCCAGCAGUUGAGGAUGAGGAGGCCCGCCCGUCUAUCUACCAUACACUUCUUUCUCUGUACCUGUCACCGCCACAUGGUUAUGAACCACGAUAUGGCCCCGCAAUCGAGAUCCUUGCACGACAUGGUUCCCGGUUACCUGCCAGCUCCACUCUCAGCCUUAUCCCAGGCUCAUUGCCAAUCCACGACCUCGAAUUCUACUUCCGCAGCCGUAUCCGUGCAGCCAACAGCAUCUUAAACCAGGGUCGAAUUAUAUCCUCGCUGCAUAAGAUUCAAAGUGCAGAAAUAGAGGCAGCACUGCGUUUGGGUGACAAUGUUGGCAGCAACAAAGGAAGAAACCGCUGCAUCACCGUCAGCGAAGAUCGGGUGUGCAGCCAUUGUCAUAAACGGUUAGGUGGGAGCGUUAUCAGUGUGUUUCCAAAGUAA